AUGUCUUCAACAACUAUAACUGCGUCCAGUAUGGCGAUGACAUCUACCACCUCGGCCUCCAUGAACAUGGCCUUCAAUACUGAGAAUCUUUCCACGAUGCUGUACUCGACUUCUUGGAUGCCCACUAGUACUGGCGGCUACGUGGGUACUUGGCUUUUUCUCUUCUUCCUCGCUGCGAUCUGGCGAGCCCUGAGUGCGAAGCUUGCCAAAUUGGACGCCUUCUGGGCCGCGAGAAGCGCAGGAUACCCAAUUCUUAUCAACGGUGGUCAGGAUAAGCCCUCACGUAAGAAAGUCAUACAAACAUGGCGGUUGUCAGUCAAUCUUCCUCGAGCGGCAUUGCGAAUGGUUAGCCAGGGGAUCGCAUAUCUUUUAAUGAUUGCGGUGAUGACUAUGAAUGUCGGGUUCUUCUUUGCUGUGCUUGUCGGGUAUUUCGUCGGCGAGCUCAUAUUUGGUCGACUUAGUCAGGGUGAAUAUGGGAGUUGA